CAUUCGAGUUGCGCCUGUAAUCGAUUGUCGAACGAUGCAUAUUUUUCAGCAAUAAAAACAACCAAAAUCAACGUUUCAGAACAAAAUUUUGAGGUUAAAUGGCAGGACAGUGCGAUGAUGAAUCAAUAAUUGGUAAGUGCUCUUGGUCGUGGAAUAUAGAUGAGAUGGAACAGGCAAUAAAGGAUGUCAAGAAGGGAAAGCUCACCCUACGCGCUGCAGCCUUACUGUACAAUGUGCCAAGGACAACCCUUCAUGAUCGAGUACGUGGUAUCCAUGCGAUGAACAGUCGCAGAGGACCAAAGCCACGUCUACGUGAAGAUUUGGAACGGGAACUUUACAAAAUAGCAUUGGAGAAAGAGGAUACUAUAAGAAAGACAGAGUUUCUAGCAAUUGCUGGUGAAUUCGCAGCUAAUCAUGGGUUGCCGUUCAGCCGAGGUACGCCAUCUAUGGCAUGGUACAGCAAGUUCAUGGUUCGAAUGAAGAAGACUUUAGAGGGUGAAAGGUAUCGUCCAAACACGAAAAAGAGGAAGAGUGUAGAUUGGUCACCUUCAAAGAGAAAAAGUACGAUGCCACGGAAAGCGCGUGUGGACCCUGAACCCGACUCUGACAAAUCUGACUCUGAGUCUAACUCGGAUUCUGAAUCUGAGGCAGAAUCAUCCUCUCUUCCUUCCUCAAGCGAGUCUGAGGCAGAGCCAGAGCCCGUUCCCCCACCCCCUAAGAAAAGAAAGAGGUCGCCAAUCAAAAGAAAGAGAUCGCCUCUCAAAAUAUCCAAGAAGAAAAAUAUGCCAACGAAAAGAAAGAGACGAAGGAAAUAUGUUCCGCGUCGACGAGCACAGCAGACAUAUCAGUCUUCUGAUGUGUCUGAUGUGGAGUUUGAUAACUCGGCUGAUGAGAAUAUGGCCAAGGCCAUUGAGGCUGUCAAAAAGGAGGACAUGACUUAUAAGAGGGCUGCAGAGAUGUUCCAGGUCCCGAGGUCGACCUUACAUGAUCAUGUCAAGAAGGGUUACACCCCUGGCACCAAGCGUGGCCAGAAACCUGUCUUGAGUAAAUUUUUGGAAAGAGAACUUUACGACUUGGCGACCAGGAGAAUAGAACUUGGAUUGUCGCGUGUGGACUUUUUAGAAAUGGCAGGCGAACUUGCCACAGAGCAUAACACACCAUUUAAAAAUGGCCGCCCAUCUGAAUCGUGGUUGUUGAAAAUGAUGAAGCGGUGUGGAGGUAAAGAUUAUAAAGGAAGAGACUUGGGUGGUGCUAGCCUACCAAGAAGUGGAAUUAAACUGACGUCGGACAGUGACGACAGUGAUGACAGUCCAUCAAAGUCAGCUAAUGCAGAACAAUCCGAUCAUCCAUACAGUGUCCGAUUUUUUACUUCUGAGGUUGAAGUUGGUGCACGUUCUUUCCCCAGGAGGAAUCGGCCCAAUAGUGACUUCAUCAGGAGCCAGAUUUCUAGCCGUGUGAAAUCAGCUUUGGAAGAGCAUCUGACCAGGGAAGAGCCAAUUCCCAGCAGAAUUGAACAAUUGGCGGAUCUGGCGGAGAGCAUGAGCCAGGAGUUGGCUGCACAUCGUGCGCAGAUUGAGCGAGAUAGGGCAGAAAGAUCUGCAGCAAAAUCAGUAAUUGCUGAAUUAACCAAGAGUGUCGUUCCAAAAACUGAUCAUGUGACAAAACGUGUUAUUAUCACUGGUGAUAUCAAAGACGGUGUUUACACUGAAACGAAAAGGAUUAAAGAGGAAACAGUAACGAGUGCCGGUCAGAAGAAGUCUGAGUCUGAGAAUGUUCAAAUUGAUGUUGAUUUGCCUCUUGUCAAGGAGGAAAGAACAGAAACAAAGUUGGGGGCUUCCUGUGAUUGUGGUUUGCAAGAUGCCAGUGCAGAGAAUGUGGUUUCAUCUCCUGAGCAUGCUCAACCUGUAACUAUUGUAUGUGCAAACGAACCUGCUAGUGCUAGUCAAAUCUUGGCUCAACAAGCAAACAAUGUAAUUACCACUUCACUGCAACCACAGAAUGAUUUCUAUAUUGUCUGUGAUCCCCAUGAAUCUGCUGUUUCACAAAAAAUUAAGAUCGAGGAGGUGCUGAGACAGUUGCAGAAUUCUGGACAGAGCAUUCAAGUCAGCCACACGACUGUGCCUGAGCCCUCUUCACGUUCUGAGCCCAUGCAGUUUGUUGAAUUGAAGGAUAUUGCUGGUAAUUCCCAGGAGGCUGUUCAGUAUAUACAAGUGUUGGCCGCGAAUGAUGGCUCUGAGGAGACGGAGACGAUUCAAGAGGGUGUCCCAGAGGAAUACCUGUUGAAGAGUGAUCCGUCUCAAGAAGUUCAACAUAUCCUGGUCGAUUCCUCGAUGAUUGUAGAAGAUGAUAAUAAUGUGCAAUAUGUUAUCACGGAGGAGGUCCCAUUGAAUGAUGACGCAGCCAUUACCUAUGUUAUAGCUGAUGAGAGUAUGGUGGUUGUUCCUCAGUAAUACAUAUGAGCAAAAUUACCUCUGGUGAGGAAUAAAUGUAAUUCCUCCUCUGCGAUCAAGUAUGCAUCGGUGUAAAGAAUUUCUAUGUAAUUAGUUUGCAGUUUAAAAUUGUUCCGUUUGGUUGGAGUUGAUAAUGCACAUCUGUUGGGUGUUUUUGCGGCCGCUAUCAAUCACGACAAUAAAUAAUGUUUAAGGGCACGAGCACGGUCAGGGCACGCCCAUCUCCUGACGGGCCCUGGGCAAUAUUGACUAAAUAUUGCAUUUCGUAGUGACUUGUACUGUUGUAACGAAAAUCUAAAGAGAAUCUCGCUGGUUGACAGAUUUGAAAUGUGGUAAAUACGAAAUGAAACUUCGGCCUCAUUGAUGUCAAUGUUUUGUCUCUGCCACAGCCAAAUGGUAAACUGUACAAUGUAUAUAUGCCUUAUGGGGUCAUACAAGUAAUCUUGUUGUAUGGAAACUGGACUGUGUGGCUGAUGUGAAUAUUGCUCCUGUGACAAUUUCUCCUGUUACGAGUAGCACGCUUACAUGUACUAUUAUUUCGGUGUUCUCAAAUCAAUAUGACGUCAAAAGGAAGUUUGUAAGAUAUCUGUAAUGAUUUGAACCAAUCAACCCCAUCACAAUUUUGACUAGAUUUUAGCUUGUUUCUUAUGACUUGUAUUGUAUAAAUUUCAGUGUAUAUAACAA